GGGCGGGAUUUUCCAGCCGUGACGUCCUAACUUUUCCAACAAUCUCGUCACUUUAACAUCAUGGCGUAGCGAUGUGGACGGACAGCCGGGGGUAGCACUGGUGGGCACGGAGACGUUUAGGAACAUAACCGUUGGAAUUUUUUAUUAUAAAUACAGGAAACUUACCAACUCUCGUCGAGAGGAGAUUCGGUAACGGUUUUUUAUCAGCGACUGAAGAUGAUGUCUGAUGCCAGCGACAUGUUGGCAGCUGCACUCGAGCAAAUGGAUGGCAUCAUAGCAGGCUCCAAGGCUCUAGACUACUCUAAUGGACUAUUUGACUGCCAAUCACCUACCUCUCCCUUCAUGGGCAGCCUGCGGGCGCUGCACCUUCUGGAGGACCUGAGGAGCGUCCUGGAGUUGAUGGACACAGAGGAAAGGGAGAGUCUCCGCUGCCAGAUCCCCGACUCCACAGCUGACAGUCUA